GCGGGCGGUCGCCAUGGCAACCCCGGCCCGCCGCGGCUAUGGCGGAGCCGCCGGACUCCUCGGUUCCUUCGUUGCCGGCGGCUACAGAACCUCCGAAACCUCGGCCUAAGAAAGCACCGGAGCUGCCGAUCCUGGAGAGGAAAAACUGGCUGAUUUACCUGCUCUACGUCCGCAGGGACUACGAGGAAUGCAAGGCUGUCAUCAAGGAGCAGCUCCAGGAGUCCCAAGGGCUCUGUGAAUACGCUGUCUACGUCCAAGCUUUGAUAUUUCGCUUGGAGGGGAAGAUUCAAGAAUCUCUUGAACUUUUCCAGACAUGUUCCAUUCUGAACCCACGGAGCGCUGACAACCUCAAGCAGGUGGCACGAUCCCUGUUUCUCCUGGGGAAGCACAAGGCAGCCAUUGAAGUGUACAAUGAAGCAGCUAAACUGGAUGAGAAGGACUGGGAGAUCAGCCACAACCUGGGUGUGUGCUACAUGUACCUGAAACACUUCAACAAGGCACGAGACCAGCUCAACAAUGCCCUGGAGCUCAACAGACAUGACCUGACUUACAUGAUGCUGGGGAAAAUCCACCUCUUGGAGGGGGAGAUGGAUAAAGCCAUUGAAGUCUAUAAGAAAGCUGUAGAGUUUUCUCCAGAAAACACAGACCUCCUCACAGCCCUGGGCUUAUUGUACCUGCAGACUGGAGAUUACCAGAAGGCUUUUGAACACCUUGGAAAUGCACUUACCUAUGACCCAGGCAACUACAAGGCCACCCUGGCUGCUGGCAGCAUGAUGCAGGCCCACGGGGACUUUGACGUCGCCCUCUCCAAGUACAAGGUGGUGGCCGGCGCCGUUCCCGAGAGCCCCCCGCUCUGGAACAACAUCGGGAUGUGCUUCUUCGGGAAGAAGAAAUACGUGGCAGCUAUCAGCUGCCUGAAGAGGGCAAACUACCUGGCUCCCUUUGACUGGAAGAUCCUGUACAACCUGGGGCUGGUGCACCUCACCAUGCAGCAAUAUGCCUCAGCCUUCCACUUCCUGAGUGCUGCCAUCAGCUUCCAGCCCAAGAUGGGAGAGCUCUACAUGCUCCUGGCAGUUGCUCUGACCAACCUGGAAGACAUUGAGAAUGCCAAGUGUUCCUAUGAACAAGCUGUGGCCCUGGACAAGUGCAACCCCCUGAUCAACCUGAACUACGCUGUGCUGCUCUACAACCAGGGUGACAAGGAGGGAGCCCUGAGCCAGUACCAGGAGAUGGAGAGGAGGGUCAGCGCAGCCAAGGAGAGCAGCGCUCCCGACUUCGACCCCGAGAUGGUGGAGGUGGCCCAGAAGAUGGGAGCUGCCCUGCACGUCGGGGAGAGCCUGGUCUGGACUAAGCCUUCUAAAGAGUCCAAAUCCAAGCAGAGAGCUGCUGUGUCAGGGAAAUCCUCCAGCUCUCAGCAGCCUCUGGGCUCCAACCAGGCCCUGGGUCAGGCCAUGUCCUCUGCUGCAGGGUAUGGGAAAACCAUGCAGCUUCCCUCAGGUGCUGGAACACCAGCUCUGCCAGCAAAGCGUCCCUCCCUGCCUCUGGAACCAGAACAGGACUUGGAAACGAGCCCCGAGGAGAGCUCGGCACCCGCAGGGGACGCGGAGCAGGGGAAGGAGGAGCACAGGAGCCAGCAGGCAGUGGAGUAGGACGGGCUCUGGGCACCUCCAGAGCUGCCUGGGACUUGGGAGAGGGACCUGCUCCUCCCUGCCCUGCUGGGCUUCACCCCACUGUCAGUUAGUCUGGAUGCAGCUGUUUUGUCAGUGAUUUUUAGCACGUGGGCUCUGUCCCAAGUCGUUGCAGUGAUCAGAAGAGGUUGAUGUGUAGCUACUCUUAGUGUGGUCACUGCAAGAGGCUGGAGGAUGGGGAUCCAGCUCUCCACAGGUUGGGUGUGAGCCCUCUAGAAAGCCCUCUAGCAAAGCAGCAGUAGUGGCUUGGAAUCAGUGGCUGAACUGGUGAGCAGCUGAUUUUCCACAAAGAACCAGCAAACUGAACCUUCAGGGCUCUUUGUUUGCUGCUUGAGCUCCCCAGCUGUUUGAAAAUGUAUUUCCUGCUUUUAGUUCUGCUCUGUUGGACUGUAUCCCUCCAUAAUGAACAGUCCAGGAGAGGAAGGUUAGUAAUGGAAACUUCUCUGAGGCAACAGUGUAAAAGCAGCACCAGCAGGGCUCUGGGUCCGUCCCCAUCCUUCAGCUGUGCUUUGUGUUUGCUGCUGUGACCCAGAAUGACAUUAAUGCAUCUUUAGAGCCCAGCCAGGAACUGAAGUGCUCUCCUGCUCCCUGGAGAACACCGGAGUAAGAACCCUCACUCUCCCCUCUGUUUUGAUGGCCCAAACUGCUGAUCUUAAAUGUGGCUGUUUCUCCCCCCAGCUGUUCUCUCUGCUGGGUUUUUCUGUCAGUACAGCUCCAGGGCAGCAUUCCUGUAAGGAUUCCCUCCUGUAAGGGUUCCAUCCUGCCAGGAGUUGAAGAAAAGAGGAUUUUUUGUGGAGCGCUGGCAAAUUGAAACAAACCAGACCAGGAGCAGGUAAAUCAGGUACAGUGCAGACAUUUUUAUUCACAUUAAACUUCUUACACUGGGAGUUCCUGCAGUGUAACAGAGUGCCUGGGAGGAAGAGGUGAGGAUUGCAGAGCAGGGGUGGGCAGGGGCUGGGAAUUCUUUACCUCAGCCCCAAAACUUGAGUUCAAGACAGAUUUUUGUCCUAGGAUGCUUUGAUAGGGUAAAUGUCACACAGGGAGCACAUACAGCAUUUGAAGGUACCUGUGAAGGGAUUUAUUUUAAAUAUGUGUUUUGGUGAAGAGGUUACACAGAUAAUGAACCAAUUCUCCUUCUGUGAAAAAGCAGUAGCACCUUCCUACUUCCUGGGAAGCAUUUUUAAAUAUGUAAUUCCAGUUGGAUAAUAAACAGAACUGCAAUUCCUCGUCCUGCCCCCUCUCCUCCCCUGGCUCUGGUGAUGAUGGCAUUUGCACACAGUAAAUUCCUAGGAUCUUUCUGGAGAGCUUUUUUGUGCUAAUGAUAAUGAGGCUGGACUGUUCAUUGGGCUGGAAUUAAGCAAGGGACUCUUCAGCAGGACUGCACUGAGGCAUUUAGGGAUUUUGGAAAUCACACCUUAUGCUCCAAAACCUGUUUCUGGCAUCAGCCAUAAUUCUAAUCUUCUCUUUUCCCCCCAUAAUGGACAUUUUAAGAUGGAAAACAAUAAUGAGCCUAAUUUCUAGGGAAGGAGAAACCAUCUGCUUCAGGACUUUUCUUCCCCUUUUUAGGAAAACAUCUUUGAUGAGCCCGGGUAAAUCACAGAGCUCACAGGGUUCUCUGCAGCUUGGCUUCUGCACAGAAAACAAACUAGAAGACACUCAAACAUAAAUGCCUGGGCAGCAAGACCUUGUUUCAGCCAAGAGUAAUAAGUUAUUCAUCCAGCAACGUAUGUUCAACCCAAAAAAUCUGGUUUUGAGGUCCCUGAGACAACUGGAUGCUGAUUUAUGGCACAGGCAGGAUUAGUGGAUACCUGCCAUGCUCCUGUACAUGUUUGCUCAGUUGUGCCUGAGCCAGGUGGACACAGGGGUCUUUAAGAUGUUAAAAAUUUAGAUUUCCCAGUCAGGAAGUGGGUUUCAGUUGGCAAAACCUCCUCUACAGAGACAGACAGGGAGCAGUGCUCAGUGAAGUAAACCUUGACUAAAAUAAUAAGCUCCACACAUAAAUGUGCUCGAAAGGAGCACGUGUUGCAACAAGUGCUUCAUCUGCCAAGACUUUUCUGUAAGAUAAAGUCCAGUUCUGCUACAA